AAUGAAAUCAAUAUUCGAAUUGAUCGAAAAAAAAAUCGAUUUGAUUGAUAAAAGUGAAUGAAAUGGGUAGUAAAUAUUCAAAAUAUGAACAUUUAAAAACAAUUGAAUCACCAUUAAAUCAGGCACAAGGAUUAAAAAUAACACGUAGUGGUUUACAAAUCAAUCAAGAAGUUACGAAUAAACCAUUGAAUAAAAAAAUGGUUGAAAAAUUACGAAGAAAUCCAAAAACUGCACCAGAUGUAUUGAUCAUUUUGAAUCCACCAUUUUGUGAUAUUGAUCGUAUUACGGAUAAUCUUUAUCUAACCGGUAUGGGCGGCCUAACUGAAGAAAAUAUUUCAACAUUAAAUAUAACAUUGAUUAUAAAUGCAACAUAUGAAAUGCCAUUAUUACGUAUGAAAGGUGUUGAUUCAUUUCGUGUACCAGUUGAUGAUGAUGGUAAUGAUGAAAUUAUUUUAUAUUUUGAUGAUGUUGCCAAUCUUAUUGAUCAAACAUCAAGAUUAAAAGGUCGUACAAUUGUUCAUUGUAUGGCUGGUGCAAGUCGUUCAUCAACAUUAGUUAUUGCAUAUCUAAUUAAAUAUCAUGAUUAUAGUUUGAAAACAGCAUUCUGUUAUGUUAAAUCAUUACGAUCAUGUGCACGACCGAAUAUCGGAUUUUUUGCCCAAUUAAUUGCCUAUGAACGUUUUUAUCGUAAAGAAACAUCCGUUGAAAUUAUUGAAAUUGUUAAAAAAGGUAAAAAAGUACAGGUACCUGAUUUUUAUCCACAAAUGUUUCCCGAAUUAUUUAAAGCUGAAAUUAAUCGUCAAUUAAAUAAAUCACAUAUUAGUAAUAUUAAAUUACAAGAAAGUAAAGAACGUAAUUAUAUUAAUCCAAGAAGAAAAUAUCAAGAUAUGCAACGUGAUAUACAGGCUAUGAUUGGUAAAAAUACUACUACUAAUCCACUCAAAUAACAAAAAAAAAAAAUCAAACAAAAAACAUUUUUU